CAGGGGGCAAAGUGACAAUGGGUGGCUAAGCUUGAGGUCGAAGACCCAGAUGGGCAAUGCUGCCAGCUCAUACUUUGGCUUCUGGCAGUUUAGGAUUGUAAAGGGCCUGCUGGAUCAGACCAAAGGUCUGUCAAGUCACACAUUUGACACAGUGGUCCCCAGGCAGAGUAUGAAGGGAAUAGCCUCCCUGUUGUUCCCCGCCCCAAGCAACUGAGAUUCAGUGGUAGGCUGUUGCUGAACAUGGAGGUUCUGUAAAGUUACCACCACUAGUGUAUGUAGUUAGUCCUCCUUUACUCUCCCUAUAUUUUAUCUAACCCCCUUUUGAAGCCAGUGAGCAAGGGAAUGUUUUGGCUGUUUGGCUAGAGAGAGAGCCAGAGCCAGUGUGGUGUAGUGGUUAGAGUGUUGGAGUAGGACUGUGGAGGGCGGGUGCAACUCCCCAUGCAGUCAUGAACCUUAGACUGACCGUGCGCUCUCAGCCUAAAACCUACCUCACAGGGUGGUUGUGGAGUAAAAUUAGAGGGCAAGAGCAGCAAUGUCCAUUGCCCUGAGCAGCUCAAAGGAAGGGCAGGACAGAAAUCUAGUAGGGUAUGUUUGUGUGGUACUGCAACCCGUCAUGAAUUUCGGGGGCGCUGUGGAACAUGCCAUCUGGACAUGGCCUCUGUGGGGCUGAUGGGAGUUGCUCUUUUCAUCUUCCAUCUCCAGGGGUCACUAUUGAGCAGGCCUUGGAGACAGAUGUUGCCCUUCCCUUCCAGAUAGCCUCCUCUCGGAGUCCUGUGCUGCAGCAGGAUGCUACUGUUUCCUCCUGGAAAGACUUGGGGUACCUAAAGCAAUGGCUGGAAGCAUUUGUCACACAUUUUGAGAAGAUCAUCACUGUGCAUUCCCUGGAACCAAGAAGGCCAGAGGACUCGGUUUCUGAGAUCCCGCUGCUCCCCUGCGAUGUCCUCCAUGUUCUUGCCCAGCAGCUGACACUCUGUGUUUCCCAGAUCUCCCAUCAAGAGGUGGCUGAGGCAGGCCUUGGCCAGGCUCUCUUGCUUGUCAAGUUCUUCAUCAUUAUUUGCAGGAAUCUAGAAAACGUCCAAGCCGACCAGCCUGCCGUUUUCAUUCAUGAAGUGAUCAGCUUGCUGUCUGCUUAUUCUAACAAGCUCAAGAGCACCGAGGGGCGGCCUUUGCCUUGCAGAAGUCAGCUGGAGAAUGUCGCGCUCUAUGCACUGCACCUCUACGAAUGCCUCUUUGAUCCGUACCAGACAUGGAGGAGACAGCUGAGUGGGGAGAUCAUCAGCAUGAAAGAGAAGAGCAAAUACAAGUUUGCACCAGCUGUAUUGCCUCAGGAAUUCAACUCUUUUUUCCAAGAGUGUUUCCACGAGGGUGAACAGCUUCCUGAGGCCCUCCAGCUGCGGCUAAUCCACCUCUUCGGAGCGAUUAUCUCUGGAGCCAAGCAAAAUGCGCUCCUGGUCAUCACUCCAUCCUCAGUGGAGGUCCUCAUGCUGGCACUCAGGCGGUGGUGCUUCCCAGUGAGUGGAGCACCCAAAGAUCCCAGGUUACUGCAGCUGACUCUGAAGAGCCUGGUUGCGAUGGUGCACAUCCUUCAUGCCAGCAGCCCCAGCCAGCGUAAGGUGGAGAUCAGGGCCAUCCUGGACAGCUACUUCAAGGUGCUGAACUUGGACCAGCCCAUGGCCUCGCUGGAAGGUUCGCCAGGCCCUCACUGGGAGGAAAGGCUCAUCACCCUCCGGGUGAACAUGUUGGAUGCCAUUCCAGAAAUGCUAAACUGUGACGACCGACCAGUUUUGCAAGCCAUCUUCCUCAGCAACAACUGCUUUGAGCAUAUCAUCCGGCUCAUCCAGAACAGCAAGCUCUACCUGAGCGGGCAGUGCAAAGCGUCUGGGAGCGAUCUCGCCAUGCGGCUACUGACCGAGAUGGAUAUCCAUCAGGUCUUUGACAACAGCUCGGACGCCAUCGCUAUUCACGCCAUUGCGGUUCUUACCUCGAUCAUGAGCAGUUCUCCUUCAGCCAAGGAAGUAUUCAAAGAAAGGAUUGGCUAUUCCCACCUAUAUGAAGUUCUGAAGAGCCAGAGUCCACCAACCAAGAGGCUUCUGCAGGAGCUCCUGAACAUGGCAGUUGAAGGUGAUCACAGCUCCUUCCCUACACGUCUGAUCCACAAUGAACAGCCACUUUUGAUUCUGAUUAUGUGGAUUCCAGAGCUGAAGUCCCGGGACCUCCAAGUCUUCCUUUCCGACUGGCUAAAAAAAAUCUGUGACUCGUCCUUACAAAGUCGCACUACAUGUGUGAAGGCAGGGAUGGUCAGUUGCCUCCUGGAUGCCCUGUGCAGCACAGAGCAGGAACUGGACGGAAAGUGCUCCGAGAACCUCCUCUAUCUGUUGCAAGUCCUGGGUAGCCUAUCCAUCCGGCCAGGUGAACUAAGGCAGCUCGUCCACCUGCUCCGGACUGACCAGUGCAAGGGGGCCCAUCCUUACACCACCCAAGUCAUCCGGGCUCUCUCGGGCAUGGCCCGGAAGGAUGGCCCAGAGCGGGCUCUGCAGUACUUUGAUCUCACCCCGAGCAUGGCGGGGAUUAUGGUGCCUGCCAUUCAGAAAUGGCCGGGAAGCGGCUUUGCCUUCCAUGCCUGGGUGUGCCUCGUUGAAGAGGCCAAGGACCCCCCAGAAGAGGUGACCAAGCUGAAGCGGAAGCAGCUGUACAGCUUCUUCACAGCCAGCGGGACGGGCUUUGAGGCCUUCUUCACAGCUGAUGGGAUGCUGGUGGUUGCUGUCUGCACCAAAAAGGAGUACAUGACGGUAACCCUGCCGGAGGUCCGUUUCAAUGAUGCUGCCUGGCAUUGUGUCGAUAUUGUCCACAUCACUGGCCGCCGGCCCUUUGGCCAGAACCUCGUGAACAUCUAUAUGGAUGGACAGCACCAGAAGGUGGCUCAGCUGCGCUUCCCCUCCUUUGGCGAGUCCUUCACGUCUUGUUGCAUUGGCUCUGCUGGCCACCGGACGACCACCACCAUCUACCCCUCCCCAUCUCACUCGCCAGAACUGGGCUUCCCGUCCCACCCCUCGCUGAGCCGCUCCCAGUCCUUCCCAGCCUCUCUUGCACCACACGCCUGGACGCCCAUUCCCUCCCAGCUCCCCCGGGAAGGCUUGGUUUCCAUCACGGUUGCAGGGAGUCAGGACACAGAGUGGGGGAUGCCCACAUCCCUCGAAGGCCACCUGGGGUCAGUUGCCAUCUUCUUUGAAGCACUCCAGCAAGCUCAAGUGAAGGCACUUUUCUCAUCAGGACCAAAUGUCAUAUCCCCUUUCAAGCCAGAAGGGGACUUCCAGGAGCUCAGUAGCAAACUGCUUCUGUAUUACACACCACAGGCCUGUAAAAACUACGUCUGCCUGGACCUUUCCCCGUACCACUUCUUUGAUGGACGGCUGACCGGGCACAAAGUGGUGAACUGGGAUAUCAAGGACGUGGUGAACUGCGUUGGUGGCAUGGGCGUGCUGCUCCCCCUGCUGGAUCAGGUGGCCUCCCAGAGGAAAGAUGCCGAAGACGACCAGGAAACACACGACUUGGUUGGCCCAGAGCUGACCUCUUCGCAGAACUCCCAGGGCAUGCUCAUCCCCUUGGGGAAGUCCUCAGAGGGCAGGCUGGAGAGGAACGGGGUGGCUGCUUUCCUGCUGCUGGUGAAGAACUUCCUCCAUGGCCACCCAGUCAAUCAGGAGAGCCUGGUCCAGUGCAAUGGGCCUGCCAUCAUUGGGGCCCUGCUCCAGAAAGUCUCCAGCCAGACAAUGGACAUGAAUGUGCUGAUGGCAUCUCAGUUCCUCAUGGAGCAAGUGGCUUCAGAAGGACACAGCCUUCUGCUGCACCUACUGUACCAGUACCUGUUGUUUGACUUCCGCAUCUGGAGCAACAGUGACUUUGCUGUCCGAUUGGGUCACAUCCAAUACUUGUCGAACAUCAUCAAGGAUCACAAGCAAAAGAUCCGCAAGAAAUACGGAGUUCAGUACAUCUUAGAUUCCAUCCGGACAUAUUAUGGAACUUAUAAGGAGAAGCCAGUCGCAACAGAUGACAUCAGGACAGUGCAAACGUCCCUCUUCAGCCUAGUCAAGGACUUCUUCUGCAGGAGCUUCUCUAAUGAGGAGAUGCAGAGCACUCUGAACUAUCUGGCUGCUGUGAAUGAUGAACACCAGGUGUGUGGGGUGCUGGAGGUGAUCCACAGCCUGCUGAAGAGCUCCCCCUCCCAGGAGCAGCUGUACACUUUCCUCUUUGACCAGGGCAACGUGGAGAUCUUGUUUUCGCUGCUGGUUCAGAGGAAAUUCUCCGAUGAAGUGCGCGAGAGGAUUUUCAGGAUCUUGUACAAGUUGCUGAAGUAUGAGAGAGUGAAUGAGCGGAGCAAACAUCGCUUAAAGCUGAAGGACAUCGGCUUCCAGGGCUUCAUAUCAUACCUGAAUGACAUUCCGGUCUCCAUGUCGCUCUUCUGGCGCCUCUUGGAGCAAGUCCUUGGAUCAGACUCCCCAAACUACAAGGAUUUGAUGGCUGUGGUUUACCUCUCUCACCGGGCAGAGCUGACAGUCAGGCUAGCUAUCUGCAGAAAGCUCUUCCACCUGAUCUACUCCCAGCACGACAUGGUGAAGCAGCUGGCCAAGCUGGCUGGCUGGCAGGACACUCUCACCAAGCUUUUCGUCAAGGAGUCGUACGAGUCCCGCCAACACAGCCUGUCAGGCUCGGGCAGCAAUGGGGGCUGCUUCGACCUCUUGAGGAUCUCUGAGACGUCAGGCCUGGAAAUGGGCAAGGAGCCCGUGGACUCAGUGAAUCCCUCCUCCACCGAUCUCCAGGACCUGGAUGUGUUCCUUCCACUGGGCUUCGAGACUUCGGACCACGAGCUGUCUGAAGGCUUCUCGGACCACUCCAUCUCUCCCACCAGCCACAGGAGCAAACCCUACAACCCGUACGGCUUCAAGCCCUUUGACUCCUUGGACCUUACCAGCCAUUCCUCCUCUUCCAACAUUGUUGACAUUCCUGGGCAGGGAGAAGCCCAUGCCGGUGACGUGCUCCAGGCAGACCGGAUCUACCACCCACUUUCUCCUUUCUCCAUGUCACCCUUUGACCUCCGCUUGGAUUUAGGCAGUACCAGCUCUGCGGCGACAGCAGAGAGUGGGAACCAGACACCGGUGAGCUUGCCAGGAACCCCAUCCCCUCUGGAGACCUUCAAGCCCUUCCCAGGGAUGCGGGCUCGGAAAAGCUCCAGCCUCUCCAAUGUGUUGGAUGAGACCAGCUAUCAGGAGACCUUACCUAGUGAUAACAUCUCCAACACGAGCAACCCUCAGCAAACCCCUGAGGAAGAGCUUUGCAACUUGCUUACCAACAUCAUCUUCUCCGUGACCUGGUGUGGGACAGAAGGCUGGGAUGAUGCCGCCUGGAAAGAACGGGGGCAGGUUUUCUCUGUCCUCACCAAGCUGGGCUCGGCUUGCGAACUAGUGCGCCCACCAGAUGAGAUCAAGCGCAGCCUCCUCGAGAUGAUGAUGGAGUCCGCACUGACCGACAUCAAGGAGUCCACGCCAGCCAUGCUGCCCAGCCUCACCCAAAACGCCCUGAAACUGCUGCGACUCCUCCAGGAUUUCUUGUUCUCGGAGGGCAACAGUAACCAGGCCUUGUGGAGCGAGAAGGUUUAUGAGGGUGUCAACAGCCUACUGGAGAAGUUGGGAGUCUGGUACCACCUGGCCAACGGCACCUCAGACUUGAAGGAGAUGGCCCAGAUCGGUCUGCGUGUGCUGGUGGGGUACAUCAUGCUGGAGGAUGCCCAGCUGCACACUGCGGCCUAUGUGAAGCUACACAGCCUUCUGCAGACAGCCUCUGCCCCCAAGAAGGAAGAGGCCUGCUACCUGCUGGGCAAGCUGGAGACUCCACUCCAGCGCUCUCUGCACACCAAGUCGGAGACCUUCUCCUGGCUCGUGCCCAUCAUCCGCACUCUGAUGGACCAGUGUUACGACACCUUGCAGCUGCAGCAGUUCCUGCCUUCUCUUCCCCCCACCAACGGCAGCCCCACCUUCUACGAGGACUUCCAGGUGUUCUGCACCACCCCUGAGUGGAAGGCAUUCAUCGAGAAGCACGUGCAGCCCACCAUGGCACAGUUUGAGAUGGACACAUUUGCAAAGAGCCACAAUCAUAUGUCAAACUUCUGGAACUCCUGUUAUGAUGCCCUGAUGAGCAGCUCCCAAAGGAGGGAGAAGGAAAAAGCAGAGAGCAGGAGGAAGUUCCAGGAGUGCAUCUUGGAACCGGUGAUGAAGCGGGCCAAAUACGAGAACAUCCGGCACACGAAUAUGCUGAAGCAAGUCAACAACCAUCACAACACCGCCUUGAAGCACUGGAAGGCCCUGCGGCGGUUGCUCACCUGCCAGCGCUCGGCCUGGGCUGACCGGAAUCCUCCCGAGAUACACUGGAAGUUAUCGAGUGCCGAGACCUACUCUCGGAUGAGGCUCAAGCUGGUGCCCAAUUAUAACUUUGACUGCCAUGCAGAAGCCAGUGCUCUUCGUGACAACUUGGGCGCCGAUUACUCGCACAACCCGGCAGAGUCCCUUCCCUUAGCGGUUGCCAAGGAGGCAAAAGUCAGCGAAAUGAAGGAUGACCAGCUGCCAGAAGAAGAUAUCUUAUUCCCGGAUCCUCAGGGGGAACCCAAAGAACAAAGUCAGCGAGAGAAGCUGGUAAUUUCCGAAGACUGUGAGUUGAUCACCAUUGUGGCUGUGAUCCCGGGGCGCCUGGAAGUCACAACCCAGCGCAUCUAUUUUUAUGAUGGCAGCAGUGAGAAGGAGGAGACAGAGGAAGGAAUUGGUUAUGACUUCAAGCGCCCCCUGUCUCAGCUCUGGGAGCUGCACCUCCGCCGCUACAACCUCCGCAGGUCUGCUCUGGAGUUCUUCUUCAUUGACCAGGCAAAUUACUUCCUCAACUUCAAGAAAAAGGUUAGAAACAAGGUGUAUUCUUCCAUCCUUGCCCUGCGACAUCCGAUUCAGAGUUAUUCCCGUUCACCGCAGGAUUUGCUGAAGGCCUCCGGCUUGACACAGAAAUGGGUCUACAGGGAGAUCUCCAACUUUGACUACCUCAUGCAGCUGAACACCAUCGCAGGUCGCACCUACAAUGAUCUGUCCCAGUAUCCAGUGUUCCCAUGGAUCCUGCAGGAUUACACCUCAGAGACGCUGGAUCUCAGCAAUCCCGCUGUGUUCCGGGAUCUUUCCAAGCCAAUCGGAGUGGCCAACGAGAGACACGCCAAGGGUGUUAAGGAGAAGUACGAGAGCUUUGAGGAUCCCACAGGCACAAUUGACAAGUUCCAUUAUGGCACCCAUUACUCCAACGCAGCAGGCGUCAUGCACUACCUGAUCCGCACCGAGCCAUUCACUACUCUGCACAUCCAGCUGCAAAGUGGAAGGUUUGACUGCUCUGACCGCCAAUUUCACUCUAUUCCUGCUGCCUGGCAGGCCCGCAUAGAAAGCCCUGUGGAUGUGAAGGAGUUAAUCCCAGAAUUUUUCUACUUUACAGACUUUCUGGAGAAUCAGAACGGCUUUGAUCUGGGCUCUCUUCAGAUUUCAAAUGAAAAAGUGGGGGAUGUUGUCCUUCCCAAGUGGGCCAAAUCCCCAGAAGAUUUCAUGUACAAGCACAGGAAAGCCCUAGAGUCCGAGUAUGUAUCUGCCCAUCUCCACGAGUGGAUUGACUUAAUUUUUGGUUACAAGCAGAGGGGCCCAGCAGCUGUGGAAGCACUAAAUGUCUUCUAUUACUGCACGUACGAAGGGGCGGUCGACUUGGAUGCCAUUGCUGAUGAACCCCAAAGGAAGGCUUUGGAAGGCAUCAUUAGCAACUUUGGGCAGACCCCAUGCCAGCUGCUGAAGGAGCCUCACCCAGCUCGCCUCUCUGCUGAAAACGCAGCCAGGAGGUUGUCCCGGCUGGAUACCUUUUCCCCCAACAUUUUUGAGAACCUCGACCAGCUCAAGUCCUUCUUUGGCGAAGUCAUCAGUGAUGGGAUACCGCUGGUGCAAGCCCUGGUCCCCAAGAACCAAGCCCACUCCUUCAUGACUCAGGGAUCCCGCGAUAUGCUGGUCACUGUAAGUGCCAAUGGGCUCCUGGGCACCCAUGACUGGCUGCCCUAUGACAAAAACAUUUCCAACUACUUCAGCUUCACCAAAGACCCCACCGUCUCCAAUGCAAAGACCCAACGCUACUUGUACGGCCCCUUUGCUCCAGGGGUGGAGGUGUCCUCGAAGACUCUGGCCAUCUCUCAUGAUGGGAAGUUCCUUUUCAGCGGGGGCCACUGGGACAACAGCCUGCGGGUCACCUUACUGAGUAAAGGAAAGGUGGUGGGACACAUCAACAGGCACAUAGAUGUUGUCACUUGCCUGGCCUUAGACCUGUGUGGAAUCUACCUCAUUUCCGGGUCACGGGACACCACCUGCAUGGUGUGGGAAGUCCUACAGCAGGGUGGCUUCUCUUGUGGCCUGGCACCCAAGCCUGUUCAGGUUCUCUAUGGGCACGAUGAUGAAGUCACGUGUGUAGCCAUCAGUACCGAGCUGGACAUGGCUGUAUCAGGGUCAAAGGAUGGCACCAUUAUUGUGCACACAGUCCGCCGUGGCCAGUUCCUGAAGUCCCUCAAGCCCCCCUGCGAGAGUUCCCUGCCGGUCACCAUCUCCAACCUCACCGUGGGCCAGGAGGGACAGAUGGUUGUCCAAACGACAGUGGAGGGGAGGGCCUCCCUGAAGGACAAGUUUGCCCUGCACCUGUACUCUGUCAAUGGCAAGCACCUGUCUUCCAUCCCACUGGAAGAGCAGGUCACCUCCAUGUGUGUCACUGAGGAGUUUGUGGUGCUGGGGACCAUCCAGUGUUCGUUGCAGAUCAGGGACCUUCAGAGCCUCCAAGCCGCCAUUUCCCCCUUGGCCAUGAAGGUCCCCAUCCACAGCGUCUCUGUGACCAAGGAGAAAAGCCACAUCUUGGUGGGCCUGGAAGAUGGCAAGUUGAUUGUGGUCGGAGCAGGGCAGCCUUCUGAGGUACGGACAGGGCAGUUCCACAGGCGGCUGUGGCGUUCGACGCGGCGCAUCUCCCAGGUGUCGUCAGGCGAGACGGAAUACAACCCAACGGAGUCCAAAUAACUGAGCUGGGCCGGCGUUGACCCUCGUGUUGGCCUGUGGCUGCGGCAUAGGAUGCAAGGUCAUCCUGCUGGUGGGGGGCGGUGUCUUCAGCCGCCCCCCUGCUAGCAGCCUGUUGCUGAUGGUCUCCUUGCGCUGUCCCUGGCGUGUGACAGGCUGCCUAUGGAAACUGCCUGGAGGACUCCUUGGCAAGCCGGAGGCCAAAGCCCCUCUCGCAUGGCGGCCCUCUGAGUGCAGGUGUGCGCAGGACAAUCUCCUGGGGGCGGGGCAAGUUCUAGAAUCCAUCCAGCAGUUCCCCAUUUCCUGAUGAUUGUUACUAUUAUUAUUUGAUUCCUGUGGAGCUUGAAGUGGCAAAUGUUUGUAUUAGUCUUACACUGGAAAGGAGGGGUGGAAAGAGAGUGAGAGGGUUAGGGUUAGCAGGGCGGGCGUGUCUGUGAGCCACCUCCAGCCGCUCUGCAGGGGGGAAAGAAGCAAUAGGCACACCAGCCUCAAGACUGUGGUCUGCUCUUUCUCCGAUAGCCUUAAGCAGACCCUUCAUUGCACUACGUAGGAAAACUUGCACCAAAACCCAGGACUGCUGCUUUUGUGUGCGCAGGCAGGAGGUCAGGUCCGCUCGCUCUGUGGGCGUUUUUAAUGGUGGGCUGGAACAUAAGGCUGGGAGGAGCCUGCUCUCACGUUGGCACCAGGGGGUGCUGUCUGCGAGGCAGAGGACUUGGGCAGGGCAGCCAGGCCUGCAAGCAUUAAGCCAGAGCUGCCCUGGCAAAUCAUGCAGGGGUGGCCUGUCCUGAGCCCCAGGUCCACACUGUGGUUUGAAGGAGAGAGGGCGGCGGUUUUUCCGGGGCCUAGGCUGCUUAGUACUGGUGGCCCCCCAAGAGGGGAAGUCUGGUGACAGGAUGUCUGUGAUCAUACUGCACCUCUGGAGAACGAUCCAACCCAAGUUGGGCUCCACAAGUGCCUGCACCCGCAAUAAAACCCGACCACUUGUUAGCCUUGUGUCUUUGCCUAACCCUAGCAGGCCUUUAUUUCCGGAGGCCUCCGGUUGCUAUGCCCGGUCCUUCCUUGCAUGUCAGGGGAGGCCCUGCGUAGAAUUGUGCCCCCCCCGCCCCAACUUGGAGGGGAAGGCAGGUUUUCACUGCUGAAUCUAGCCUAGGACACAGUGUCCUUUUUAGCCUGCUGGUUUUGCCCUCAAAAUAGACAGCCCUCCCUUGUGGAAGGGAGCUUCUUCCCAGUGGCCACCCCCAGCCAAAGCAGCGUCUGUUGUGAACUUUCAAAGGCUUGAUGGGACCCGACUAAGCUGCUCCGAUGCAAGACCUGAGAAGUGGCUGGCAGCGUCUGUUGGUGGAGUUGCCAUUGAGGGUUUCAGCUACAUCUCUGCUCUGAAAAUCAGGUUACGGGUGUGUCGCUGUCUGUCCAGUUCUCUUUAAAGCACUUUUGAUAACCAAAACUGCUGAGGAUUGAAAAAAAUUAUUUCAAGAGAGAUGAUCCAGCAGAAGCUGUGUGUCUGCCCUCAAUGGCAAUCAUUUUGGGGCUUUUCAGAUCAGGAUUGACAGGCCAAGCUGCUUUGGAAGAGUUCCUCACCCACCCACCCCCAAACCUUGCAGCCUCCUUGAGUUUCUCCAACCCACUUUGGAUAUCACUUUCUGCUUUAGUUCCUCAUGUUGUUGGUCUUCCUGCAUGUGAUUCUGGGGUGGGGCAGUGAAGGAGAAAGUAAAUGUUGGUGGGACAGAAUGACAGUUGGUUUUGCCUGGCUGUACUGAGAUCCUCCCUGUUAACUUCACACAUCCAUACGGCUUCUAGCAAGUUUCCCUCUGAGUCCAGCUUUGAGAAACAAGUUAGCGUUCGGCCGGGUGGAAACCUCUGUAAGCGGCCUGCAUGUGAUGUAUCAGUCCUUGAAGACACAACCAUAUGUUUGUGGAAAUGAUGGUUUAGAAAUGCAGGGAAGUUGCAUGGACUUCAGUAGGGUGCCAUAACCGUGAUUCUGUGCUGGAGAGAGGCAGAUGGUUUCAGUUCUGCCCUCCCUCUCAGCCUUCCUCCAGCUAAUGAGCGGAUCUCUAAGUUCCACUCCUGCAAAGGUUCAUGCUUUGAAAAGCUUCCUCCAAAGACAAAAAGGGACCUAGAGGACUUUCUGCCCAAGACUCAUGUCUCAAUAGUCGACCUUCCAAUUGCUCUGCCCUUCUGGCAUUCAUCCCACACUUGAAUGAAGAAGUCUGAAUUCAUUGGAAGUUGCAUGCCAUCUCUUCACAUUCUGUAGUCAGUUGGCCACCCCCUUGAACCUUGUACAACAUGAGUACUUCCAAGCCUUCUGUUCAGAGUUGGGGCAGAUGGGAGUGGUCGGAAGGUUGACCUCUCUGGACUGUAUGACUUAGUUCCAUAUCUCUGUGGUCAUAUAGAGCACAUGGAUGCAAUGGAAUUUGAGGAGUGUGGCAAGAAAUGCCUCCCCUUGCUUCCAGUGGCCGGGUUCCCCUUGCUAUAGCUUCCUUGCUGUGUUAUGUGAUGGUCCCUCCAACAUGGAGAACGUUCUGCCAUUGCAAUUCUAUAUCCAAGGGUCUUGGCCAUAUUAGAAAGUCCUCAGUGGGUUGCCCCUGCAAAGCUGCCCCAUCUCUCUCCCUUCAGCAUUUGUUCCAGCUUAAUCUGGUUCCUGAUUGUUCAUAAGCCCAGUGGUUGGCUUGUCCUCUGCCGUUAACUGCUACAAAGAGGGCGGGCAGUGGUGGAGGGGAGAGAGGCUGCUACUGUGGCUUAUUGUUACGUUACUUAUGCCCUUGUUUUGAAUGUGUUCGGCACUUUCUCCUCUUUGCGGGCUUAGUUGUCUGUUGCUUGUUUGCUAGUGCCAUGGAAAAAGAAAAUGGGGGGCCCUUCUUCCCUUCCAUGGUUUCCCUCAGGCAUGGCUCUGGGACUCCAAAAGGGACUCCAGCUGCUUUGGGACCUUGUUCUUGCAGCUCCUUUCCAGCAGGACUUGGGAAGGGAGAGAGGAGGUCCCUAGGGGCCUCUCUGACGGCCCACUAGAAAAAGCCUCUGUGACUAGGCGCCAGGCAAUGUACUGUGAAUCUUGCAACUCUAUGAGGGAAGAGGUUUUGCACUGAACGGUUGACUACUGAAGACUUCCUCUUUUUUUUUUUUUUUUUUUGCAUAGAGAAUCCCUUAUAUGGCAAAGUUGUCUCUCCUUUCAUAAUGCACCAGCUCGCCUUGUUGCAGGUGAGUCCUAGGCUCCAAAGAGCAGUGCCCCCCCCCCGCCGCCUUCCUCCCUCCCUCCAUACAACCAGGCAGUUCCUGCACUCCUUCCUUCCCGUCACAAGAUGACCCAGGCUCUUAAAACCAUAACCUCUAGCCCCUCUCCUGAAAAUAAUAAUUCCUGGGAGAAAACCAAGAACACCUGGUGCAAUAUUGGCAUUUUACUGAAGAAGACAUUCUUUUCUGACUGUCUGGCUGUAUCGCUGUUUUCUGUGUACAUAAUUAUAUAUUAAAAACUAGGUUUUGUAACUUUUAUGGAUAAUGUCGAUCCAGAAUUUUCUACUUUUUUGUAUUUAAUGGAGAAAGGAAAAAAAAGUUACUUUAUGAGCUUUGGGGACUCCUGCCGGCUUUGAGAGAGGAGCAAGGAGUAAGCACCCAAGUCUUAAUGUGGAUUUGUCUUUGUCCAGAGUGAGCAUUUGUAUGGGAGGGGGAGGCAGCUGGAAUCCUCCUAGAGCAGCGGAGAGGGGGGAGCGCAUCCUGAGGCUCUCCAGCUAUUGGACUACAACCCCCAUCAUCCCCAGUGGCAUUGCCGCUGGGGAUGAUAGGGGUUGUAGUUCAACAGGAGGGAGCUUGCCUCCCUCCCGUCCUAGUUGCCUUGCAAAUGUUCCCCGGAGGGACUGCUUGCUGACCAUUGUUCUGCCCCCCACUAGACUGCCUCUGCCUCAGCGCCUCGCUUGGCUCUUGGUAGUCCUCUGGCUUUAUGGAGACAAAGAGGGCUGGGAUGAGUUGCAGUUCUGUGCUGAGUAACAUUUGGCCAGUUCUUUGGGGUUCUGAGGUGGAGCAGGUUGGAUGUCAAAGUCAGACGGUGGAAGCACUCAAAAGACACCAUCAGGUGAUGCUUCCCCUGAGAGAGGUUGGGUUGCCAUGGAGGGCUGAACUGAACUGGAUAUGAAAACACAUUUCCAUUCUCCAAAAAGGAGUUGAGAGGGUGUGAUUUGGAGUGUGGCUGUGGCAGUGAGGGUUGAACCCUGUGCUCUCCAGCCAGUUCCCUGAUCUGGCUUUCCACAGAGCUGCCCUUAGCCAUAGAAGGAAACAGGUAGGUAUCUGUGCCCAGAAGACUUUCCCCUCUGACUAAUAGUAGCUUGGGUGUGAUGUGGAUCAGGGCCACAGCAUGGGGUGGGAAGGGAUGGUGUGACACCCCCUCCUCUGGUACUGCAGUCCUGAUCAACAUCACUUCCCCCUAUUCCCCACAGCUACCUUUUGAGAAGGCAAAGGAUGUUGCUGGCCGUCUUAAAACACACAGCGCUACCAGGCCAUGGGUCUCGUCCUGAGCAGUGCCUCCAUAGGCCCAAAUGAAAUGUGAGAAUGGCACGCACACACACCUAUGCAUACAUAGUCUGAGGAGGAGCAGCAGCAGCAACUGUGCAAGUGCUGAGUCACUGCUGGGCUCUGUUCCUGCAGCUUCACACCUUCUGUCUGGGGCAUUGGAAGGGUCUCGCCCAUGCUGGUGCUAGCUUGGGAUCCAAGCCAGAGCCAGCUCUUCCUGCACUACAAUUCAGCGUGGAUGUUGCCAGGAGCAGAUGGAGAACAUAGAACUGCUCUUGAGUCUGCAUGCCCUGUUUUUGGAGGGGCUCUCUAUGCCGUCACACCACAUGCCCCCUGCAGAAGCUUUUCAAGUAACGGAGUUGUGCCUCCAUGGUAUCCCAAAGGCACUGACCCUUUGAAGUGCUUGAUGCCAAACACGUUAGUCACACAGAAGGAAAAAGGAGCGGCUUGUGCGCCAUGCUCCGGAAGUCACCACAACUGGGACCUGUGCGUACACAGUUCCCUUUUAUGUGACUGUGCAGAGUACUCAGUGGUUACAGGUAAGUGGAGCUCCUGUUUUAGGUCAUGAGUAGAAUUUGGCACUUUUUCCUCUGUGCCGGCGUGCAGACUGAGCUUGCAGUCAGUUUUCCUUCUGAUGUGCAGUGGGGUAUGAUUUGAAUGUGGGCCACAGAGGAUAUAGCACCCAUCUAGAAGGGGAAGACGCAGGUACUUCAAAGAACAUAGUGCAUGUCUUAAAUUUCUCCCCUAGAGUUUGAGGGUUAUUCACAAUGUCCUGAUUAAUGUCUGCAUUCAGACACACACACACACACACCCGCACAGACACAAAAAAACCCCGAGACACUACAGAGCCAACCUUCCUAUGCUCAGGGCAGAUUUGCCCCGAUUUCAAUUUUCUGAUCAUUGUUCGACCUAGCUACAUCCCCAAGUGGUGGUUGAUUUGCUUCCAUCAUUGGUUUGGUGCUCUGUCAGUGUGCAUUGCUACCGAUGUGCUCAGAGGGUCAUGCAAUGUGCCCCUCCCCCUCCAUGGCAUUAAAACCAAAACAUGGUAUCUGGUUGCAGAAGCUUGAAGGGACAGGACAAAUCCACAUCAGACUAUCCACUCUCAGAAAAACACCUCUGAAGCCUAAGGUAGGCCAUCCACAGCUCUUAUUUCCAAGAGGGAAGAAAUAAAGCACAAUUGAACUUUGAAAUUUUUCAAAAAAUGUAUGCCUUAAACUUGAAAAUGACUUUUUGCCUUCAACUGUACUGGGCUUGCCCCAAAACUUGAUGGUAUCCUGUUCAUGUGUCUUUAAAUAAACUUUCAGAAAGAAAUGAG